AUGGCUCUUGCGUUCGGCAACCCUCGUCCUUGUUCGCGUACGGGGGAGCGGGCAAAUGCACGAAAUAUAGCCUGUUGCGAGUACCGCGAGUACCGCAGAGUGGGAGAGAGAGCUCAUCGGUACAUGUACGCGUACUGUGCUGGACUGAACGAGCGAGUGCAGUAUGCUUGCAGUAUACGAACUUCGUCGUGUUUGGUGUUUCUGGCUCUCUCUCUCCCCGUCUCCCUUGCUUGCUUGCUUGGAACUGGCCCGCAAUGGCUAAAGCCCGCCCGCCCGAGCACCCUGCUCACGGGCUGGUUAGCUGCUCGAUAG